GACCGACCGUCCAACCAGUUGAAGAACGGACGGAGCGGCGAAAGGCUGAGAUGGCAAUUCAAAAAAUCACAUGGCUGAGAAAACAAAACGAGACGGGAAUAGGAUGAGGUAGACUAGAGGACCAGGUGGUUGCGGGCCACCACGCCAAGUGUCGUCUGUCGCAUGAUUCUGAGACAGGAGAUUAGCGCAAGGCCCGAGGCAGGAAGUCUUCUCCGGGCGGGCCCCGCAGAUCCUUCCCACUCUUUCCCUGAGUUCCCUCUAGGUACCACGAGGCCGCUCAUCACCCCCCGCAACGCGACAAACGGGCGAAACGGCAAAAGCAGCUCCCCCUGCGGCCUGCGCGGCUGCGCCCGCCCUGCAGCUGCUCUGCUUCCCUUUUUUUUUUUGAAAUCCUCCGCUUCCUUCCUUCUGCUUCUCCUCGAGGGUCGAGGCUCUGCCGCUCUGCUAUGCUGCUGCCGCCACUCGCUCGGAAAAAGCUUCGUCCUUUUCUCUCGCUCCCUCCCCUCACAUUCGUUCCUCGCACCCUUCCACUUUCCGCGUCUGCGCUCGGCCGCCCAUGAGCGCCUGCGGGGGCACCAUCCCCGCGUCGCGCUUCCUGCGCCGCCGCGCCGCCGUGCGGGACCUGGGCGGGGACGCGGCCGCCGGCGACACCGACGCCUUCUGGGCCGCCCCGCCCCGCCUCUACGACUUCUCCCAGCAGCAGCAGCAGCAGCACACGGCCCAGGCCGCGCGGCGAUCGCCCUCGCCGGCGCCGACCAGCCCGUGCCUCCUCGCCCGGAAGCGGCACCAGCAGUCCCCGUCGCCUCCUCCAUCCCCGCGGCGCUCGCCUUCGUCGCCCGGGACCUGCCUGCUCUCCGCCCUGCACCGCACCUGCGUGGGCUGGGGCGUCACCAGGCGCGCCGAGUACCCCAGACGGCACCGCCCGGUUUCUCCCGCGGCUUGUGGGCAGGUUACGGGGAUGCACACGCACGGGCGGGCGGCGGCUCGGUGCGUGGACGAGGACGAGGAGAGCACCAGCAAGAACAGCAAGUGCCUGUUGGCCGUGGGCAAGAACGAGCUGGAGGAGGAGGUGGGUCAAGACCACGAGAGCUGCCUGCACCGCCGCCGCCGCGCCAAGAAGGCCCCGUGGGCCGUCAAGGAGGAGCAGGAGACGUCAGGUGAGGCGGCGGAGGAGGGCGCCAAGCGCGCCAAGAGGACCCCACUGAAGCAUGAGGCGGCGGCGGCGGCGGAGAGCAAGCCCGCCGGCGCCGCCACCGCCACCGCCACUCCCGACUCCGGCUCGCCACGCGGCAACGGCAAGGUCGACCGGUGGGCGGCGUGGCGGUACGCGGCGGGCGAGGCGGCGCUGGCCAACAUCCUGCGCGAGCGCGGCGCCACCGCCGGCAAUCCCACGCCGCGGGCCGUCCUGCGGGCGCAGGCGCGCCGCUUCAUCAGCGACACCGGCCUGCUCGACAACCUCCUCCGCCACGUCGCCGACAAGGUCCCCGCCGGCACCGCUGACCGCGUCCGCCGCCGGUAUAACCCGGCCGGAGGCAUGGAGUACUGGAUCGAGCCGGCCGGGCUGGCGGCCGCGCGGCGGGAGGCCGGCGUCGAGGACACGUACUGGGUGCCGCCGCCCGGGUGGAAGCCCGGAGACCCCGUGUCGCCGGAGGCCCGCACGCUCGAGGUGCAGAAGCAGGUGGAGGUGCUCGCCGGGGAGCUUGCCGUCGUAAAGAGGCAAAUGGAGCAGCUCGACUCCAAUCUGGUGCAAAUGAGCAAGGAAGCCUACAUCUCAUGGAAGGGGUAUGACUGUAUGGUCAAGGCCAAUGGCAAGCUGGAAAAAGAGGUGCUGUCCUUGGAGGAGAAGUAUGAGACUGCGGCACAGGUGAAUGGGGAGCUGAAAGAGCUGCUGCUGCUACUGAAGGAUAAGUAUGAUACUGUGCUUGAGAAGAAUGAGAAACUGGAGGGCCAGAUGGUUGCUCUGUCCACUUCUUUCCAGUCCAUGAAGGAAGAGUUGCUCCUGCAGAGAAUGGAAGAACACCCUCUGCUGAUGCUAGCGCAAGAGCCUUGGGAAGGUGACAAGCGAGAAGCCGGUGGUGCGAACAAGGCUUUGGUGGUGUGUGCAGGCGACCAGCUGGCCGGCGCUGAUGCCUUCGAUGGCAGCUUCAGCAGCAACCACAGUGCCUAUGGUGACGAGAAGAUGGUGCUGAGGAAACGUAUCUGCGUGCGGGAGGGAGCAUGCCAGUGGCCUAGGUCUGCUACUUCCAGUGGCGCUACGGCUGGCAGCCCUGGGGACCUGCCGGAGCCGCUGACACCGGGUGCGGAUCUGAUCGUCACUGACUUCGACACCAUGAUCGAUAGCCUCGCGCUACCGUCCAUGGAGGAGUACCUACAGGUCGAUGGUCUCCCCACGCCGACGUCUGCCUCGUCCACCACCGCAUCUCCCAAGCUCCAGCUCCUCCCCUCACCAGCCUCGCCGAGCCAGGUCCAGCCUCUGCCGUCAACAACCAUGGUCGUGGGCGACUUCAACAUGCAGCUCCGGCACAUGGACACGUCGUCGUCGUCGUCAUCAGGACCGUGCGGUGCCAAGGCGCUGAAGCUCGACGCCGGAGCUGGAGGUGGCGAGGUUGGCACUGAGCUGGUCCUGGCGACCCCCACCUACUGACGAGUUCUUAUAAAUGGACAGAUGACCACUGAAGUUUUGCCUCACCUCACCUCACCGCCAUUAACCCAUCGUCGCCUCACAUCUGAGAACAUAGCACACAUGACAGGAUAGCUGCAGAUUACCUACCCUUUUACCUUUGCUUUAAUUGUCAGUCAGUAGCCGUCACUAGUCUCAGUUGGAACUUACUUGCAGGUGGGUUUACUUACAGCUGAGCACCAUGUUGCUGCUGCUUAAUCCCUACAGUAGUUUGUACUUU